UCCGUUUCCAACAAUGCCGUCACCUUUUUUACAGCAGAAAAAAAUCUACAAUGUCGAGCCUCGUUAUGGCUCCAAAAGAAACGGUGGCCAACCAUCGGUGGAGGAUUAUCAAUCCCGGUUUCGGCAAGCUAUCCAAAAUGGUUUACUGGAUGCUGCCCAAUCGUUACUUCACAAACAUCCAGAUUUAUUACGCAAAACGUCGUCGGUCAACCAAAGUCCUGCUCAUCUGGCCGUCGUUGCAAAACAAGCGGAUAUGCUCCAAUAUCUGCUACAGUUAACCAAAGAUCCUAACGAAACAGACUCAAAAGGGUACACAUUGCUUCAUGCGGCCGUUGCGGAAAAUGAGCCUUUUAUUAUUAAGGAAUUGUUAAAAUUACCGGAAGUGGAAGUUGCCGCCACACUGCCAUCUGGUGAUACGGCGCUGCAUUUGGCUGUACGGCUCGACCACCACGACGCUCUACAUGAGCUAUUAUUGUCUGCUCGAAUCAGCGUGGAUGCCGAAGGCAAUAAUGGUAAAACCCCGCUGCAUGUUGCCGCCGCGCUAAACCAUCUUGAAUGCACCAAAAUUCUUAUUCGGCACGGUGCCAGCUUAACCGCGCUGUCUGACACCGGUGAACAGCCGACACACCGUGCCGCCGAUGCCGGUUCCGUUGAUGUCCUCCAGUACAUCCUGCAACUGCCUGAUUGUCCCGUUGAGCACUUGCUCUCCUUCAAAAACGAAGAGGAAGCUACACCACUGCAUUAUGGGGUCAAUAGUGGCAACAGGGAUAUUGUGCGGAUUUUACUGGAGCAUGGUGCUCCCAUUGACGCCCAAAUGUUUGAGCAAUCAACACCGCUGCAUUUAGCAUGCGCCCGAGGCUUCACCGACUUAGUGGAGCUAAUGCAGGCGCAUUGUCCGAAGAAGUUUGAUAAAGUCCUGGCCAUGCCCGAUGCGCAGGGGAUGACGCCGAUGCAUCGUGCCGCCAUGUUUAAUUACUGGGAUCUCUUGAGGCUAUUAGCGGAAAAACGGGCUCCGGUUAACGCUCAAGACAGCCUUGGUCGCACUGUCCUGGUUCUGGCUGCAUCCUGUGGAUCCUGGGAUGCCGUAUCGGAACUGCUCAGUCUCGGCGCUGAUCCAUCCAUCAGCACGGCUGUGGGACAGAAUUUCAUCCAUAUGACCGUGUCCAUUGGUGACGAUCCCGAACGUUUCCGAGACGAUAUUAAAAAAGAAAGUUUGCUGCCGUUGAUUAACGGGCCGGAUAGUGACGGGCUAACACCACUCCAUCAUGCCGCCCAGCAUGGAUUCGCUAGUUGUUGUGAAGCGUUGAUCAGAAUGGGAGCGAGCUUACAUGCUAAGGAUAAACAGUCAAGGUCGCCAUUGCAUCAUGCUGCUGCAAACGGACGAUAUAAUACAGUUAAAGCCUUACUACGCAGUACGGUCACUAUCAUAAACGAUGUGGAUGCAGCAGGUUUAACCGCGCUUCAUAUGGCGGCCGAAAACGGCCACAUCCGGAUUGUCAAUUUCCUCAUGUCACGCGCCGCGACGAUGCUACGAGACUACCAUGGAUGUCUUCCGUUGCAUCUCGCCUGUGCAAUGGAUCAGCAAGAUGUCGCAGAGAUGAUUAUAUCCGCACAUCCUACCUUGUUGGAUGCGACAGAAAAGGAAGGCAACACACCACUGCAUGUGGCGGCCCAGCACAACGCCUUGAAAACAGUUGCCUAUCUUUUACAAGCCAAUGCCCAAUUAACGACAAAUGAUCAUCAACUUACAGCGCUGGAUUUAGCUAUAAUGAAUAAACAGAAGGAUGCCGUAUUGGCGAUGAUUGGGAGCGAUCGAUGGACGCAAAUCUUCACGCAGCCGUCAUCACUAUUUAAAUGGCCGGUGCUUGGACUGAUCGAAGAAUUACCGGGGGUUAUGCUGAAAGUGCUGGAUAAAUGUGCUACCACGGCAAGCAGCGGCUCGCUGUCGAAGAACUUCUGGGUGCGAUACGAUUUCGAAUUACUGGAACCGAAAACCGAGACUAAAGGCCUAAAAAUUCCAUCCAAAAGACAUCCGCUUCAAGUGUUAAAUCACAUGACGGCAUAUAAGCGAACCGAACUUCUGGAACAUCCAGUGUGUACCCGCUAUCUGGAUUCCAAAUGGCACACUUACGGAGUGUAUUUUCACUUCUCCGGCUUGUUGCUGUACAUUACCUUCGUCACCCUGCUGACCUAUCUGAUCCUCCAGGGAAUAGAAAUGGACCUGCGGCCCAAUGUUCGCAAACUGGAUCUGGCCCGCAUCAAGACCCAUCUGCCGGAUUUCAAUGGGACGAAGUUUGGACCUAUCGAUUUGACUGCGGCAGAAGAAGACCUGACCACGUUGGACGGGACACUGGUAGCGUUGGUGAUCAUUUUUGCUGCGAUCCAUCUGGCCAAAAAGGGUCUCCAGUUAAUACAGCAAAAAUGGCGAUUCAUUUUCGAAGUGCGUAAUUAUUUCGAGCUGACCCUGUACAUUGCAACACUGGUGUUUUGUGCGGCGGCUCUGGACGGAGCGGAUUAUUACAUGUCCUGGGAGACGCAGUGGUUGGUUGGCGCGACGGCGGUUUUCUUUACAUGGGUCAAUCUUUUCUUCUGUCUGCAGCGUUAUGGCGAGAUCGGUCUGCAUGUGAUCAUCCUGUUAAGGGUCAUGCGGACCCUAGUCCAGGCAAUGUGCGUGUUAUUUGUUGUGGUACUGGCCUUCAGUCUGACCUUUACCGUUCUGAAUCCAAUGAAGAUUCUUCCGGAUGAUCCCGAUUUCUAUGAGCAAGAUCAUGACAAAGACCACCUUGACGAUAUCUACUUCACCUCCUAUUCGACGCUGCAAACUUCGAUUUUGCGCGUAUCAGACCAGAUGAUUGGAGAUGCCGAUGUGAUCGCUAACUUCAUCACUCCCAUCCAGAACAAAGUUCUGCUUUUUCCCAACGCUACCUACAUUCUGGCGAUGCUGUCCAUGGGCAUUGUAACGAUGCUUGUUCAGGCUUUAAUUAAUGGCCUCACUUUGGGUGACAUUCGUAAAGUGCGAGACACACUGAUAUUGCGCCGCAAAAAGAUGCAGGUUGACCUCCACACCGAAAUCGAAGAGAAACUACCGCAGAGACUGUUGAAUCGAUGGCGCAAGACCAGCGUGAUGGUAUAUCCGAACCGUCUGAAAUCCCGCUUCUUAAAGGGAGUCUUUCGCUACUUGACCAAUCCAAACAUUGAAGUCGAUAACGAUGACGAUACGGAUGGCACACUGAACAAACAAAACGGCGACUGGGAGAAAAACGCUGCGGCGAUCCGAACGGAACUAGACAAACAAGAUAAAAUAACGGACAGUUUAACAGCGAAACUGGAGCAAGAGCAGGAGUUGCUGCGCUUGAUUGCCAUGCAAUUGGGGCUGCCGUUGGAGAACGACACCGGCAGUAUGAAUGGUAUAAAACACCAGAGAACAUUUAGCCGCUACGUCAGCCUGCGUCGCACAGCGUCACGACGGCAACGAAGAAAUGAUAAAGCCCAGUCGAAAAGUUCAAAUUCCGUCUGAUGUUGUGUUGAUUGUGCACAUUCUGAAUGAACUGAAGUAAUCUCCGCUAAAUUGUUCUGCGUUUGUAAAUUGCACAGCAUCCAACUUAUCUAUUGUUUUGUACAGCUGCACGGUAUUAUUUAAUAA